AUGAAGUUGGACAAUUACUGGAUCGGUCUAUACGCGGAUGUGGCGAGGCACGUGCGGGCCUGUCCCGACUGUAGCUCUAGCAAAAGUCGACCAAGGAUCCGCGGAUACUCUCCGGGGAACUUACAAGCGGAACGACCGUUUCAGGUUGUUUCGAUGGAUUUUGUAAUACCCUUACCGAAGCCUCGGCGGGGUAACACAGCGGUCUUACUGUUGCAAUGCGCAUUCACGGGGUAUGUGAUGGGCAAAGCUACGGCAGACACGACUGCUCUGAGAGUAGCUCAAGCUCUUGAAAAAUGCGUGUACCGGAGGUUCGGUGCACCUUCUUUCAUCAGACAUGACAGGGACCCUCGAUUCAUGAGCGAGGUGAUCCAGUCGUUCACCGAAAUGAUGCAGUCAAGGUCUAGGGCAACGUUGAGUUACCGGCCCCAGGCCAAUGGCCAGCAAGAGCGCUCGGUCAAGACCGCCAUGCAAUCAAUUGCUGAGAAGCUGAUCUUUGCGAUCAACAACUCAAUGGACACAACGAGGAAAGAGACACCCUUUUUUCUCGUCCAUGGGUGGGGUGCUCAGUCUACACUCAAGGCGAUGUCCUCGUCGUCAAACGAGGACUCGGUCGACAGUCAGACGCACUGGCAUGGCGUCGAGAAGUAA